CUCCCCCCCCCCCACAACGCGACCCUCCGCGCCCGCCCCUGAUCGGAACCCAGUCGCCGCCUCGGCUCAGCCUGGACCCCCCCUGACCCGCUGCUGCUACGGAAUGGGGGCAGGAAGCGGAGACUCCCGUUCAGACAUGGUGGACUGAAACUCCGCCGAGUUUCCUGGCCGAUUUGCAAAGGCUCUGCCCGCCUCCCUCCACCCGCCCAGGGUUCCCGGGUAGAAGUAAGAGGGGGUGGGGGGGAAGAGAGAGAGAAGUAGGGUCGUCCUCCUUUUUCCCGCUUCCCUCCUUCCUUCCUUUCUUGUUUUCUGGUCCCUAUGGAGCAGCAGCAGCAGCUGCUACCCCCCGCCCUCGGCCAUGCCUAGGAAAGUGGGGAAUGGGCAGCUGCCCUUACCCGACGGCUGGGAGGAGGCGAGGGAUUUCGAUGGGAAAGUCUUCUACAUCGACCACAACACCAAGCAGACCAGCUGGAUCGACCCCAGAGACAGGUUAACAAAGCCAUUAUCCUUUGCAGACUGUGUUGGAGAUGAGCUACCAUGGGGAUGGGAAGCCGCAUACGAUCCUCAGAUUGGUGUCUACUAUAUCGACCACAUAAACCAAACCACACAGAUUGAAGAUCCAAGAAAACAAUGGAGGCAAGAACAAGAGAAAAUGCUGAAAGAUUAUCUUACAGUAGCACAAGAUGCACUCAGCACUCAGAAAGAACUGUACCAUGUGAAAGAACAGAGACUAGCACUUGCUUUGGAUGAAUAUGUGAGGCUGAAUGAUGCUUACAAGGAGAAAUCAAGUUCUCAUACAAGCUUAUUUUCAAGCUCCUCUUCCAGCACUAAGUAUGACCCUGAUAUUCUGAAGGCGGAAAUCUCCACUACAAGAUUAAGGGUUAAAAAGCUGAAGAGGGAACUCUUGCAGAUGAAGCAAGAAUUACUGUAUAAGGAGCAAGGCUAUGAAACAUUGCAACAAAUUGACCAAAAAAUGUCUGGAGGCCAGAGUGGGUAUGAACUAAGUGAAGCCAAAGCCAUUGUGAAUGAAUUAAAGUCUAUCCGAAAGGCUAUAAGCUCUGGUGAGAAGGAGAAGCAAGAUUUAAUGCAGAGUCUUGCAAAGCUGAGAGAGAGGUUCCUCCUCAAUCAAAAUUUUGGCAGAUCAGAACCAGAUUUGAGGUGCAGUCCAGCACACUCUCAGCUCUCUCUCUCAAGGCAGACUUUGGAUGCAGGGUCUCAGACAGACAUUUCUGGUGAUGUUGGUGUCAGGACUAUGUCCAAUUUAGCUGAAAAGGUCAGACUAAGUCUUAAGUACGAAGAAGCCAAAAGAAGAAUGGCAAACUUAAAGAUUGAACUGUCCAAGUUAGAAAGUGAAGCUUGGCCUGGGGCACUGGAUAUUGAGAAAGAAAAGCUGAUGCUGAUUAAUGAAAAGGAAGAGCUUCUGAAAGAACUUCAGUUUGUCACCCCAUGUAAACGCACUCAAGAUGAAUUGGAGCAUCUGGAAACAGAAAGGAAAAGGCUGGAAGAGGAGCUGUCUGUGAAAAGCGCACCUAGUGACGAACUUACAGAGAGGUUAAAACUGGAAGAACGAAGGAAUAAAUUAGUAAAAAAACUUGAAGAAACUAGUCAACUAACUACUAACUUGCAUUUGCAACUUAAAAGUCUUUCAGCCAGUACGUUAUCUAUGUCUUCAGGGAGCAGCCUGGGGUCCCUGGCAUCCAGUCGUGGGUCUCUGAAUACGUCCAGCAGGGGGUCGCUGAAUUCCCUUAGCUCUACAGAUCUGUAUUAUAACCAAGGUGAACAACCUACAGAUUUAGACUAUCAGUAUAAACUGGACUUCAUAUUGCAAGAGAAAUGUGGUUACAUUCCUUCGGGUCCUAUUACCACAAUUCAUGAAAAUGAGGUGGUCAAUUCCCAUGGGAGAAUGGACUACAGCGAUUCUUCCAGCUCUCUGGCAGCAAGCCAUGCACCAAAAUUAACUGAACCUCCAAAAUCUGUGACAUCGCUGUCUUCAAGAUCUUCCCUUUCCUCUUUGUCCCCUCCUGGAUCACCUUUGGUUUUAGAAGGUGCAUUCCCAGUGCCUCCUCAAGACUCUCCAUUGCACCAUCUCGCCACGGACUUUGAGGACUGUGAUUUACCCAGUGACUUUGCAGGCAUUAGCCUCUGUGGGAACCAAAUGUUGUUGAACUCUGAAGCCAGAGCAUCUUCUCAGUCAUCAGUGGAUGAUAAAGACCUCCAUGAAAGUGUUAGGCAAACCAUGUCGCCUUCAAGAAAUACAGGUGUUGACUUACCAAGAAGAACAGUAAGUCACCACCUUGAGGAGAAGGCAGGGUGUGUAUCUGCUGCAGUAUCUGACGAGUCCAUGGCCGGAGACAGUGGUGUAUACGAAGCUUCUGUAAAACAACCAAACGAUAGUGAAGAAGUUGCAUAUAGUGAAGAUGAUACAACAGUUCUAGAGGCACCUCAAGUUCAAAUAGGACUCCGAUACGAUACAAACAGCUCAAGUUUUGUAGUCAUUGUGGGGCAGUUACAAAAUCUUCAUGCCCUUUCUGUAUCCCCUGGCUCCAAAGUGUAUUUUAGAGUUGCAGUUCUUCCCUCUUCCGCUGACAUCAGCUGUCUUUUCCGCACGAAAGUCCACUCUGCUGCUGAAACUCUCUUAUUUAGUGAGAUGUUCAGAGUAGCCAUUUCCCAGGCCUCUUUGCAGCAGAAGACUUUGAGAGUGGAUGUCUGCUCUGUCAGUAAAACUCGCUGGGAAGAAUGCCUAGCUGGAACUCAAAUAAGCCUGGCAGACUUGCCAUGUUCGGAUGAGACUUCUACUCUCUGGUAUAACUUGCUGGCUUACAAGCAGAUUCCUAGGAAAAAGAAUAAGGAACUAAAGGAGGAUCCUGUAUAUGUACCAAACAAUCAGUCGCCUGGCUCCUUGGACCUGGACGCUGUGUCAGCAUUACUGGAAAGGACAUCAGCAGAGCUGCAGGCAGUAGAACAAGAGUUGGCAGAGGAGGAAGAUGAAGAUGAGGAGGAGGAAGAGGAGGAGGAGGAAGAAGAAGAAGAAGAAAAGGGUGUACAGGAGCCACAACAUGUUGAAGAAGACUGGCUAGGAAUGCUGGCAGAGGCAUCCAGUGAGAUUGUGACAGAAGAAGAGGGCAAUGUUAAAGGGGCAGAGGGAAGCAGAUACUCAGAUGACAACAGAUUCUGCCUUAAACUGGUAGAGGAAGGUGAAACCAAGCACAGGGAAGACAGAAAACAUGCACACGCGUGUCACAAUGAGCAAGCAACGGCACCACCCAUACUGGUUGAUAAGGAAACGAACACAGAAGACAGACGUGAGGGUGUGGCUGUACGACCCAAGGACAGAGCCGGCCUCAAGUCUCAGCAGCAUCCCUUUGUCAGGAACAGCAUGAUAGUGCGCUCACAAACUUUCUCUCCAGGCGAGCGGAACCAGUACAUCUGCAGGUUGAAUCGAAGUGAUAGCGACAGCUCAACCUUGGCCAAAAAAUCCCUUUUUGUGAGAAAUGCCACCGAACGGCGGAGCUUGAGAGUUAAAAGGCCUGCCUGCCAGCCUAACAUGCGAAGAGCAACGCAAGAGUGCCCUGUUCGCACCUCUCUGGAUUUGGAGCUGGACCUCCAGGCUUCUCGCACCCGGCAGAGUCGCCUGAAUGACGAACUGCAGAUGCUGCGUGACCUGAAGCAGAAGCUGGAGGAGAUGAAAGCGAGAGGAGAGACAGAGCUUCCUCCACGGGUGUUGGAGGAUGAAAGGUUCCAGAAGCUGUUGAAACAAGCUGAAAAACAGGCUGAACAAUCAAAGGAGGAAAAAAAACAGGGGUUAAGUGCUGAAAAAUUGAUGAGGAAAGCGUCGAAGGAUGUUUGCCGGUUGCGAGAACAAAGCCAGAAGGUUCCGCUACAGGUGCAGUCAUUCAGGGAGAAGAUUGCAUACUUCACAAGAGCAAAGAUCAGCAUACCAUCUCUGCCAGCUGAUGAUGUCUAACUAUGCUUCUCUCCACAACCUGUUUUUCUACUCGUUCAUCUUUUUUAUUUUAAGAUGACAGUUUUUUGUAGUAUAGUCCCAUGAUUAAAAAAGCCUACUGUUUUACAUCCAAGCCUAGAUACUGUUUGUAAAAAAAAAAAAAUACAGUACAUUAUGUGGUGGUAUAUAUUAUGUGCUGGUAGAUUUUAUAUAUGCAUAUACAUAUAAAUAUAUAUCUAUAUAAAGGCAAGAGAAAGCCUCCUCUCUCUUCCCCUGCCUAAAUCUUCCACACCAGAAAACCAAAGUAGAAUAUUUCUGGUACAUGAUGCUAAUUUUGUACAGUUUGUAUGUAUUACAGAUACGCUACUUUUUUGUAAAGAUGGAUCAAGGAACAAAGGCUGUACCAAGUGUGUAUACCCUGUUGAACUGCACUGUGUUGAGAAAUAUUGUGUUCAACAGGCGGUUUCGUUUCACUGUUUUUUUCACAAGAGCAGACUGUGAAGAUGGCUGUUAGGCCAUGCAAUAUUUUUGUACAAAGUGUGAUUUUUUUUUGUAGCUAGCAGCAAACACGAGCCCUCUUCCAAAACAGCAAGACUGCCUCAUGCAAACAGGUGCUGUUUAUAUUUGUGUCACCCACCUUGGAACUUUCAAUGUUGAACCCAGUUCUUUUCCUUUCUGUCUUGGUAUGAAGGAAGCCACAUGGGAUACUGAGUUGCAGGAGUAUUAUUUUGUGAAUGUACUGGAGUUUGGGCUAUAUUUGGGUUUUUCCUAAUGUUUUCUGCAUCUAUAACCUGGGAGAAGUAAUAUGGGGCAAGUCUGUAACCCUGAAAUGUGUCUAUAAACUGAAACUACCCAAAGGGCAGCUGUUUUCUGAAAUGGGACUCAGGUUCACGCACAAAGUAUUUAAACCUGAGCUGAAAGAAGAUAAAUUGAAAUAUAAAACUAACCCUUGAAUAUAAAAUAGUUUGUUUAGUAUUACAGCCAGUAGCCUGUAGGAAAAGUCAAGUUGAUAAAGCCCAAACAGACCCAUGCAAUUUUCAAAGGAGUGGUUCUUAGGAAAUUCAUUGCUCUUAAGUACCGUGUGUGUGUGUGUGUGUGUGUGUGUGUGUUUCUUCUAAGAAAACUCAUGAUAUGAAGCACUUAAAAUGAUGUGUUUAAUUAUGGCACAAUAAGCAUGAUCAAGGUAUCUAUGGAAUUGGAACCUUAACUUGUUUAAACAGGAAUUUGUAUUGAUAAAAGGUAAAAGACGAUAUGAAUGUGCUUGUCAGAAUUCAAACUGGUAACAAUCUGGUUACUUUUAAAAGAGGCAUAUAUCUGCAGAUGUGUCAUGUGUAUAUUAGCACUACCAGUGAUGGGCUCUGAAUGUCACCGGGAAGCACAUUGCUGAUCAAGUCUGAGGUCGUCACAGUGGGGCUUGGCAAAGCUCUGUCUACCUUCAGCUUGGCGGCUGCUGUGAUGAGCAGCCCAGAGGAGAGCACUUGAGAGAACAAGCAGCAGUGAGCUACUUUUGCUGAAUCAGGCCUGAAAUCCUAUGCACACUUAGUAGAGUGCAAACUCCACGGAACUCAAUAGGACUUUCGUGUAGGCAUUUAUAGGAUCAAACUGUAAGCCUCAUAACUAUUGCUUACAAAAGAUGGGCUUUCAGACACCAUUUUGCAAGUUGGCUGAACUGUUUGGAAGCAUUUUGAUGAGCACAAAUAAAUGGCUGGUUAUGUACAUGAAUCAUAAGUGCACACCCUAUAUAUGAAAUCAAGCAAGGAAACAAAAGGGCUAGACUAUUAGAACACUGACCAUUUUGCAACAUUAUUAUAAAUUAUGUCAUAUUUUAUUUUUUCCAGAAUGUAAUUGUCUCAUUGAAAGAUUAGGGGAACAUAACUAAAAUAUGUUUGUUGCCAUCUUUGGAAAUCCUGAUGGGGGGAAAAAACUUGUGCCUUAAUUUAUUUUUGUAAAUCUCCCCAAGUGUUCUCUUAUUAUGCAGAAGUCUGUGUAAUUAUUCAGAUUCUUAAAAUAUUACUUCAAACCUGGAGGUAGUCAGUAAACUAACUGUGCCCCUUUUUCUUUACCUCUCUUUUUAGGCCUAAUCUACAUACACGCCAUGUAUUCUGAUGAGGUCAAUCUCUAAAAGCUAAAGUUUCAAAUUGUUUAAUAUAGAAAUGAAGUUUGACUGUUUCAGCUUCUCAGUUUGACAAUAUAAAUGUUUGUAGAAAUGAUGUAUAGAGCUGUAUCUUGUGAUUUAUUUAUUUUCAGUCUUAUUUAUGUACUGCUUAAUAUAGUUCAGUUCUGGCCAUUUAAAAUUUACGGGUUAAAAAAAAAAAGCUACUGUGAGAAAUGUAUACAGCUUUCUGGUUUCUUAGUGGAGAAGCUGUUCAUACAUACACAGAGAGAGAGAGAAUUUCAGAAGGAACCAAAAAGGAUUCUCUGAUAAAUCAUGAAUAUUGGCAGAAAUAAUAUUGUUGGUAGUUCUGCAAAAUUUGCUCAUUUAUAAAAUGAGAGCAAUUGUCACUGCAAUAAUAUAUCUUCUGACUUCGUCAGAAUACAGUAAUAUCAACUCAUUUUUAGGAAUAAAUUUUGAACUGUUCUGAGUUUGUUGGUUUGUGUUUUGAACUCAGUUUAUAUACAGUAAUGAAAUAACAUUGGUGAGACACUGAUAAAAAAAAAUACCAGCCACAUUUCAUGUUAUACAGAUACUGCUUUUAUUGUAAGAUUUACCCUUCAUAGGAUAUAAGAAACAUAAUAAUCCUCAUGUUCCCAUUAUCAGUAUGUUAGUACAGUUCUAUAUAUCAAAUUUUAAGUAUUACAGGUACAAGGCAAUAUUAUUUUUUUAGCCAACUGAACAAAGUAUAUAGCAAAUCAUUUAUAGAAUGAAAAUCAAAUUUCAACUUUUUGCCUUCUUGUUACAUUUAAGUAAAAAAAUGCUCAGGACUGAACUAAAUAUUUAAUCAGGUUAUAUCACGAAUGUCUUUCUGUGCUAAUGUUGUCUGUAAACGUGCAUAUGUACAUCACCUAGAUUAACUUUCAUCUCUGCACUUUCCAUGUGUUUCAGUGAUUUGGAAAAAAAUACAGUUUUUUAACAAAG